AUGCCUUCGUGGUCGCGCGUCGCCGCUCUUGCUCUCGUCACACUCUCAGCCUCGUGCUCCGCGCUGGAGGCCGGCGAAUUGGUCUCAGACUUUUCCGAUGUCUUGCUCGGCACUCGAGAUGUGGCUGAGAAUGUGACACUCGCUGACACCGGAAACCUGAAAUCCCUAACGAAACGCGACUGCCCGGCGCGAUGCUCUCAGUACUGUUGCCUCUCCGAUGGCACUUGUAUUCCCUCUCUGUCCUGGAGCUGCUGCGGCGGUGGUAUCGUUUGUGGUCCCGGACGGAAAUGCUGCCAUGACGGCUGCAUUGAUGACAAUGAGGAAUGCUGCCGGACAGCGGGCAGGCAUUGCAAUGCCGGGUAUGAGUGCUGGCUUAUUAACGGCGUGCCGAAGUGCUGUCCUCAAGGCGAGUGCGGGAGCGGUGGUGGCGGCGGCGGGUCUCCUAGGCCUACUCCUCCACCAUCCAACCCUCCACCGACGAGGCCUAGUUUCGACUACUAUACCUGGACAGUAACCUGGACAUACCGCGUCGUAUUUUACACAUCGAUCACAAUCCGGACAACCACAACCACAACUACUACAAGCGUCGUUUCCUUCUACGCCUCAAACUCGGAGGAUGCUUCGUCUUCUUUCGGCGAGUACACAGCCACAGCGACCUUCAGUCCUCCAGCCAGUGCGACUGACCCGCCAGAACCACCUUCUGGUGGUAGCGGAGGCAGCGGAGGCAGCGGAGGCAGCAGUGGAUCCGGUGGGAAUUUGGUAGCCGUCCCGCCUAGCACAUCAGGGACUAAUGCAGCCUGGAAUUGGCACGCUGCUCUUCUCGUAGUCACUGCUCUUGUGCCUGGCGUUCUCGCAGUUUACCUUUAA